AUGGCUAAGAAAGUACGCCUUAAUAGUGAUGCACAGAAUGACAUCUUACCCUAUUUCUGGACCUUAGCAUCUGUUGAUGAAGACGAAAGGUUGCUAUCUGCUGAAAACAUUCUUACAGUAGUCUUACGACUGCAGAAAGAAUACAGCGAGCAAAAGCAGCCUAACAUGCAGCUGGACAAACGGCUAUGCAACGAACUCCAGUAUACCGUACAGCGAUUAGUUAAAGGUCUUGGAUCCUUUAGGAAAGCUGCAAGACUUGGCUUUUCUACAUUACUUGCAGAAGUACUGAAACAGUUCCGCGAGGUAUCCAUAGAAAGUGUCUUGCAUCUGUCUUCCGAACAUUUAAUUGUUACCCAUUCAGCUAAGAGUGAGGAAGCCGAUGCUAAUGACUUGGUUCUGGUGACAAAGAAUUUGUUCCAAUUAAGCAAAGAGAAAAAUUAUAUACGAGAGAUUGCUAUUACAGGAAUUGUUGAUAUAAUUAAAAAGGUCCCUUUUAAGCUAUUUGUAAGGCAUAUUGCACCUAUUUUACAAACUGAUCUUCAGAAAGGAUGGAAUGAAACGACACCUGAGGCUCUAAUGGUUGUUCUUUGCAUCGAGAAAGCAUAUAAGAACAAGCCAUAUCAGAAACUCUUAUCAAAAGAUUGGGGUGAUACACCAGUAUUUGAUACUAAAAAUUAUGCAAAGAUGGCUGAUAUUCUAAAGGUUAACGUGGUACUAUCUAAGGAGUUUUUACGGACAUUUAUCAAUUCGUUAUCCUCAACUAAAGCCUAUCUGUAUGAUGCGGCUAAGCAUUUGGCUACAUUUCUUGAAAAUUUUGCUGAAAAGGACGAUUCACUCCUAUCUUUUCAUAUUGUUAAGCAACUUAUUAGCAAUCAGGGUCAUAUCAAUUUUGAUAGUAUCACCCAUACCAAAACUGUACAGUCAAUUGUUGCUAAGAUGUUAGCGUUGAUGAAGUCCUACAAGUUAUCAACAACUGACGAAAGUUGGGUGGUAGAUGUUUUAAAAUUUUUAUUAUUUCAUUCAUUUUUUACAACCACUAAUGAUAUUGACGAUUCAAUUAAGGCUGUGGAAAUUUCGGAAGUCGUUAGGAAAGUAUUAUGCGAACGUCUACAAAGUGCAUUAGCCGAAUUAUCAAACCGCUGUUCUGAUUCGACUUCUUCCGUAACAAAUAAACGUGCUCCAAAGCAGCUUCCAAUGGCUGGUCGAAUGAGUAACGGAUUUUACUGGGGAUAUGAAAUCUUAUUGCUAACUAGAGAAUUGUAUCAACAGGAAUGUAAAUUAAUUGAAUCAGUCGAGCACUCUAAUUCGAUAAAUGAUAUCGUCAAUGACUUAAUCUCAAUCAUUAAAAGAAUUCACGAAAAAUCUAUUAAAGAUAAUAAACCUGAAAGUAUUGCUUUUGAAGUAUUAUUUUCUCAUCUUGGUCUUACAAUCUUUGAAAAUACCGAGAAUUCUAUUGAACUAAUUAAAGAAUUGCAAGUCUGCUAUAAUAAAUUAUCUGCAAAGAAACAAGCUAAUAGCAAAAAGAAAGAACCACUAUGGAUUGAAGUUUUGACUGAGAUCCUACUUAGCCUUAUGACGUACCCAUCUAGCAUGCUACGAUCAUUAUGCAAUAGCGUAUUUCAACUUAUUUGCAAUCACUUGACUUCUGAUGGCUUAAAAUCUAUAACUGAUAUCAUCGAUCCUAAAAAUGAAAUGGGUCAAGAAUCUUCUGUAGAAGUUGUAUCAGAAAAGUGCAUGAAUUUUAUGUUUUUCGAACUCUGGAAUAUAGGUUUCCAAGACGAUGACGAAGCUGAAUCUCUUGAUGAAGAAUUAAGUAAUAAAGAGGAAUCAAAUGAUGAAGAGGAAUCAAGUGAGGAAGAAACUGAAACGAUAGAUGAAGGAUUUCGACAGGAAGUCCGUACUGCUUUAGGUGAUGCCGCUGAUGACAUGGAGGGAAAUAAUAAGGAUGAUAGUUUCAAUACUACGGAUGACAGCGAUGCAAGUCUGUCAGAUUAUGAUGACGAAACAAUGCUAAAACUUGAUGAUGCUCUUUCUGCCGCUUUCAAGAAACGAUUAGAGUUAGCAAGUCAUGGAAAAGCAAAAAAAGAAACCAAGCGCACAAUCAUGUAUUACAAGCUAAGAGUUCUGGAUCUUAUCGAAGUAUUCAUUAAGCAAUGUCCAUCUAGUCCUUUAAUUGUGGACCUAGUCCUCCCAUUAUUGAGUAUAACUACAACUUCUAAGAGUAAAGACAAUAAAGAAUUCAUCGAAAGAACGGGAAGCAUAUUAAAAAAUAAGCUAUGCAAAAUUCAAGAUAUACGUGUUCUGCGAGGAAUUAAUCCAGAAAUCGGACUGUCCCCAUUAAAGACAAGGCGACAAUCUCAAGCAAAGAAAAAUCAAUCGAAUGCUAAUAAAGAAUAUAUGAUACCGGAAAUAUCUUUUGAUCUAACUGAAGAUUUUCUGUACCAUCUUCAAAAUAGCAUUAAUAGCUUUAGGAAGGAUCUUCUUAAGAAAUCAUUUAAUGAUUACUGCAAUAAAAUUGAAGCGCUUUUUACAUCGAUGUUGAAUGAAAUCGUAGAGAUGAAAUCAGAGUUAAAGAAGAAACAUUUAAAGGAUUUUUUGAAGCUAGUAUUGAAGUACGCCAACUAUGUGAGAAAUAAUGCCGAGGCUUGCAGAUCAUGUGAUUUGAAUGAUAUCAAAAUCAUCCUUGAGAAACUAGUAAGCUCAUCAGAAUUUGCAAACUCUAAAGGCGUAUGUAAAAACAUUCUAUCAACUAUAGCUAGAAAUCCUCAACAAGUUAGCUCAAGAAAAAGGAAGAAGACUACGACAGAUGCUUUAUCGAAUAACUCUUAA